AUGUCUGCUAAAGAUUUCUACAAUUCUGCCGAACAAGGCACUUAUCAACAACCAAAUCAAAGCAAUUAUAACCAACAAGGUCAAGAAUAUCAACAAGGCCAACAAUAUCAACAAGGCCAACAAUAUCAGCAAGGUCAAGAACAAGGCCAACCUGGUGAGAGAGGUAUAUUCAGUACCAUUGCUGGUGGUGCUGCCGGUGCAUACGCUGGUGACAAAUUAACUACCAAUCAUCAUGGUUUCGGUAAGAUUGCCGGUGCUGUUGGUGGUGCUUUCUUAGCCAACAAGGUUGAAGAUAAAUUUAAGAACCAUGAACAAGGUAACCAAGGUGGCAAUGAAGGAAGACACCACCACCAUGAAGGUGGUUUUGGUGGCCAACAAGGCGGUUUUGGUGGUCAACAAGGCGGUUUUGGUGGCCAACAAGGUGGUUUUGGUGGCCCACGUGAAUUUGGCGGUGAGCAAGGUGGCUUUGGUGGUCCUCAAGGUGGUCCUCCAGGUGGUUUCGGUGGUCCUCAAGGUGGUCCUCCAGGUGGUUUCGGUGGUCCUCAAGGUGGUCCUCCAGGUGGUUUUGGUGGUCCUCAAGGUGGGUUUGGUGGUCAACAAGGUGGUUAUGGUGGCCAACAAGGCGGUUACGGUGGCCAACAAGGCGGUUGGUAA